AUGGCCGCCCAAGAGCCCUUUGUCCCGGCCCUCAUCGUCGUCGACUUUCAGCAAGACUUUUGCCCGCCCAACGGCUCCCUCGCCGUCCCCGACGCCCGCUCCAUCGCCCCGGCCAUCAACGCCCUCCUCGCCCUCCCCUUUGCCCUCAAGCUCGCCACCCGCGACUGGCACCCGUCCGACCACGUCUCCUUCGCCGCCAACCACGCCGCCGCCUCGCCCUUUACCUCGCUCGCCACCGUCGUCCACCCGGCCGACCCCUCGCGCUCCUACGACACCACCCUCUGGCCCGUCCACUGCCUCCAGGACGCGCCUGGCGCCGCCCUCGUCCCCGAGCUCGACGUCGCCCGCCUCGACGCCGUCGUCGACAAGGGCACCGACCCGCGCUUCGAGAUGUACUCGGCCUUCUACGACCCCUUUCGCCUCACGGAUAGCGGCAUCGCUGCCCGUCUCGCGAGCCGCCGCGUCACUCAUGUCUUCGUCGUCGGCCUCGCUGCCGACUACUGCGUAAAGGCCACCGCAGAGUCCGCCGCCGACGAGGGCUUCACCACCUAUAUUGUCGACGAGGCCACCAAGCCUGUCUACCCGGACAAGUGGCCUGCUUCCGCCGGCCAUGUCCUGGCCAAGGGCGUCAGGAUUGUCUCCGUGGCCGGCGACGAGCUCGCCAGGGUCAAGUCUGCUGAAGGGGACCAGACUUGCCACGACAGUGACUGGCGUGGCACACCUGCACGUGGGCUCUAA